GGAAAAUAGUACCAACGGUAAGAAAUAUUCCUACUAUUGAUACUUCGGUUUUUUUUUUGGUUGGUAUUACUGCAACUGCCCACCAUUUCUAUCGUUUAUUAAUCGUCCCUUUUCGGUGUGCUCUCCUAAGCAAUAUGACGAAGGGUACAUCAAGUUUUGGUAAGCGUCGUAAUAAGACACACACAUUGUGUAGACGAUGUGGACGCAGUUCAUAUCACAUUCAAAAAUCACAAUGUGCACAAUGUGGAUACCCUAAGAAGAAGAUGAGAUCAUACAACUGGUCGAUUAAAGCUAAAAGGAGGAAGACCACUGGAACUGGUAGAAUGCGUCAUCUGAAAAUAGUUCGCCGUAAAUUCAAGAAUGGAUUCAGAGAGGGCCUACCAAAGCAUAAAACUGUAGCUGCUAAAUAAUAUACCAUAAAUUCAUUAUAAUGUUAUCAAGCUACAUAGCUUAAAUUUUCAAUAAAAAAAAAAAAAAAAAAUCUUUUGGAACAUAUGCUAAUACAAUUGAGUAUUUAAAAAGUCCGUUAUCCUUAAUCUUUUAAGUUUUCUUCCAUUGUAGUAACUUACAGAUACGGUGGGAAAUGAAACACGUUUCUAAGUAAAUAAAUAAAUGUUUACUGAUAAACUUU